UUAGUUUAUCAGGUCGCAAUUUGUGUGAAAAUAGUUUUCUAAAUUCAAAAUUUAAGUCUCUUGGUUUGACCCUCAACAGUGGUCAUGUCUUCGUCUGUCGAUCACGUGGUACACCACGUACUGGCCCCAAUGGCAAUCAACGUCCUCGAUCGCGUGGUGCCAGUUAUCCGCCAAUUGGUGAUCAUCAUGCAUCAGGCAUUUCUGGUUGAUCACCAUGUGUCGGAGCCCGUGAUCGAUGUAUCCGGCAUGAUUCAGCCAGUCCGUAAAAAAAUCUUGAUUGUAAAUGAUUCAACGCCGGAGCACCAUGUCGACCAGGAGCCGGUGGUCAGUUCGGAUGACAUCAACGACCUGAUAAAUGAAAUUUCGCGAAGUAUCCGAAACUUGGCCCGUUCGACCUACAAUACCAUCUCGGCGAUGGUUGGAGAGUAGCCCCAGAAUUAGUUG